UCAGACCCUCACAAUAUGGCGGGGAUGUUGACGUAUGAUUCAGACGCCAUUCAGAUUGGGACGUCUAAUUCUAUUGGUCGUUGCGUGAAGUACAUCCGGUUGGUCAAAGCAGAAGUGUUAAACCGGGAGACCAAACGGUGGUUUACUACAAAACUCAGCAAAUUAUCCUGUUUCGCGAUAGCAGUAAUGGACGCAUCACCUUUCUACGGAGUCCCACCAAUUGAAAGUGAUGACAGCUGCCUCAGUGACUGUGACAGCGAUGAAGACAACAGGGCUAUAACAAGUGACGACACUGAUGAAGACUCUGACUGGAAUAACGAUGCAGCUCCCAGCACCCGUGCUGCUUCUACAAGAAGGGAAUCAGCCGCCACCUCGAGGAUAUGGCAGGAGGUAGUGUGGGACACGGUGCAACAGCAGAACUUUACAAAGCACUUUCCGGUUUGGCAAGGCACUCUUCCAGAUGUAGAUGAAGCCAGAGAACCCGUUCAGUACUUCCGAGACUUUUUUGACGUUGCCCUUUUGGAAACUAUUGCUCAACAAAGUAAUCUAUAUUGUGCACAAGAAAAUCCUAAUAGUGCCCUCAUGUUGGAUCCAAGUGAGCUGGAGCAGUUUAUUGGCACCGUGGUGUAUAUGAGCGUUGUACACCUACCAAGGUUAAGAAUGUACUGGUCCAGUGAAUGUCGAGUACCGCAGGUGGCUGACGUGAUGUCCCGAGACCGAUUUGAGGAAAUUACAAAAUUCCUCCACUUCAAUGACAACAACAACAUGGCAGCCAACAGCAAAGACAAGCUCUUCAAAAUCCGGCCAGUUAUUGAUUCACUUCUUCAAAAGUUUCAGGCUCUGCCUCAAGACCAGAUGCUGUUUAUUGGUGAACAAAUUGUUCCUUUCAAAGGCAGAUCUAGUCUAAAGCAAUACAUCCCCAAGAAGCCACAUAAAUGGGGAUAUAAAAUCUUUGUGCUUUGUGAUACAAAAGGCCUGGUGCAUUCGUUUGACAUAUUCACGGGCAAAACUGAUCCAGAACCUGGAGAAACUGACAUCGGGGCAAACGGAAACAUUGUUGUGAAGCUCUCACAAGCCAUCCAUCAUGCCGCCGAUCACCUGCUGUAUUUUGACCACUGGUUUUCCUCCUUGGAUUUGUUUGCUGCUCUUGCGAACAAGGGGGUACCGGCGCUGGGGACUGUGCAUCAAAACCAACUGCAGGGGUGCCGUUUCAGCACUGACACCGACAUGAAGAAAAUGGGAAGAGGGACGUUUGAAGAAAAAAGGGUUGUCUUCGACAGUGCAGAAGUAAGAGCGGUGAAAUGGUUUGACAGUAGAGGGUUGAUCGUUGCCAGCAAUUUCCCCAGUGCCCAUUCUGUUUCUAGGGUCAAAAGAUGGGACAAAAAGUUGAAACACAACGUUUUUGUGACAUGCCCAAGCAUCGUCAGCCUGUACCACAAGUUCUUGGGGGGCAUCUAUGCUCUUGAUUCGCUUAUUGCAUCUUAUCGCAUCCAGAUUAGGUCUAAAAAGUACUAUCAUAGGUUCUUUUUUCACUUUGUCGAUAUGGUCAUUGUAAACAGCUGGCUGUUAUAUCAGCGUGAUUGUGACUCGCUGGAUGUUCCAAGAAAAGAGCAGAAGGAUUUGCUUGCUUUUAGAACAUCAAUAGCACAAGCGCUCUGCAUGCAGUUCAACGACAGCUCCAGCAUAAAGAGGGAGCUGCCUUCAUCUGACGUUGAAAGGGAAAUCCAAAAGAAGAAAUAUCGAGGUCCAACUAGGGCUCUUCCGACGCUGGAAGUCCGUUCAGAUGCUGUGGGUCACUGGCCAGUGGUUGUAAGUGAGCGGCAACGCUGCAAGCUCCCUAAAUGUAAGGGCCAAAGCGUCUACAAAUGUUCUAAGUGCAAUGUGCACCUGUGCCUCAACAAGAACAAGAACUGCUUUGGACAAUUCCACAAGUAACAGUGGUUCCUUCUUCUGAACAAAGGGAUCCUCAGUAUUAAGCUACAACUGAAACACUAUAAUGAUGGAACAGUGACGAUGUGUAUGUUCAGCUGACAUAGAGUAUGUUGAAGGUCAAAUCAGUAAAAUAAUCUACAGAGCUGUGCCCCCUGACUCAUUUCUUCUAUUUUUGCUUUUUUGUCAAAGUUAAAUGUUUCAGGGGGGCGCUGGUGGCUCAGUUGGUAGAGCAGGUGCACCAUGUGCAGAGACUUCAGUCCUCGACACGGUUGUCCUGGGCUCGGGCCAUUUGCUACAUGUGUUCCCCUUCUCUCUCCACCCUCUUUCCUGAUUAGUUUACAAUAAAGGUCGCUAGUACCAGAACAAUCUGAGUAAUUAAAGAGCUGUUUUAAUUCAUCCACACUGGAAGGUUUUCACCCAUUAGCAGCCUGUUUAAGGUUCUGCCACAGCAUCACAGUUGCGGCGGCCUUUGAUUAGGUCACUCCAAAAUCAGCAUUUGUUUCUGUUGAGCCAAUCAUAUAUUGUCUUGUUUGAGCUUAACUGAUGGUCAGUCGUUCUUCAGUAUUUUGUGCUAGAGAGCAGAAUUCAUGGUUGCAUCAGGAACGACAACUCAUCCAGGU